UUUUGGAAGACACCUUUAUUUACUUAUAUUAAUAUCUUGCUUUUUAUAAUCAUUUUGGGAAAAUGUUUGGAAUCGAUGACGAGGAAGAAGACUUGGGGGGUCUCUACGAGGAUGGACAUUGGGUGUGGGAUGAAAAUAAAAAGCAACUUGAAUUUAGAAGUGAUGUAGCUGUCCCGGAGGACGAUUUUGCUCCAACAACGCCUGCGAUCUUUGGCCCUAUAGAAUUCAAAGAUGAUAUAGACUUAAUGGAACAGCAAAGAUUCCGAAAACGUUUCCAAAGACGGCCAGAGGGUGAUGAUGAUGUAAUAAUGCUGCAGGAUAUAAAAGACUUGGUGCUGUAUACGGCUCCGAGCUCUAUAUUAACUCCAACCGUAGUAAAUAUUAUGCAUCUCUCGACAACGGACCGAUUCAUCAGAGCCUUAAUCUUCUAUUUUCAAUACUAUUUACAGAUUGCUGAUGAAAUGGCAAAGCGGGUAUUGGAACUUGAGACGAAAGUCAGAACUAACAAAAGCUAUGAGGUGGAACUGGAAUUAAGGGACAACUUGGAGGACUUGCGAUUACUCGUUGCUAAAGAAUACUGCACUAUGGUCUUAGGUGGAGCGGACUAUAAAAAAUUUCAUCACAUGGGCCCAAACAAAAAAAUGCGAUCAUUGUCAAAGAAGGACGCAUUGAUUUUUGAAUCUAUAUUGCGUAUUUGUAUGCAAAUAACGUGGUUGGCUCUUGGACGGCAAUCAUUUAAUCAAAUAGAGCUAGAAACAAAUAGAAUGUUCAAGUCGCAAAUAUUCAAUAUGACCGAACAUAAACUGAAGACUAAUUACAUAGCUAAAAUGUCCUCCUACGAGCGUUUUGUAUUGCUCGGACACUGCGUGAAUGAAAAGCAAAAAUUGAAUAUGCUGUCACCUUUGAUGAAUGAGACUCUUUGUCAUCGGCCAAUCGAUUUCAGAAUGUUGGGUCUUGGAACAAUAAAAAUACCAACUUUAACUUUCCGACUUCGCUACAUAGAUGAAAGACUAUCGAUGGAUGAGCGGCUAUUUGAGAAGAACGGGAUAUCCCUGGGUAUCCUGGGAAUGCCGAGAUCUCGGUUCGAUACCAUGCUGAGAGAAAUAAAAAUGACCACUACUAGUUCUACUUCGUCUGCCAGCAUGCGUGGGAAAUCGGUGUCACGAACCUCGCGCGUUAGUAUGAAAAAGAGCACAAUGAUUGAACUGAAGCUUUACGGUGACAUAGAUUUGCCUAGCAAGAAUUAUGACAGAGAGUGGUUCCCGAAUGAGUUCCCAAUGGAGACGAUCAAGCCUACGAGAUGCAACCCGGUGCAGCGCUUGCGCUGGAUGGCGCGAGCGGCGCGGCUUGCCGGCAAACACUUCUCGGUUGUGAGGAGAUACAGGAAUAUACGGUUGAAUAUGGUAUAGGGAUACCAAUACAUGAGAUGUAUCUUUAAUAUCGAAAAA